AUGGAUGAACCAUGGAUGAAUCCGGGACCACUGACGUUUACGAGAGAUAGGGCCGCUUCGACUUCUCCUAUGCUUCUGGAAGAUCGCCUAGGCAAUCUCAAAGGAUGGGGGCCCAAUAGGCAAGCAUUUCAAGUGAAUCCAUCUAUUUAUUUAUCCCCUCGACCUCGUGAGGUGGAUGUAGAAGACCUCCGUCCGGCUCGCGUGCACGAUUCCGCCAAGUACUAUGGAUCGGAUAUAAGUCCAAAUGGAAAUUCAGAGGAGGAGGGUGUGUCGUCUAGACUAAGAGAAUAUCCUUUGGUUCCCAGACGGCCGAUCAAAUACCAAGCCUUGACUUCAAAAUCAAGCAGGAUGUUAUCUCCGCAGGAUAAGAUGAAACGAAAAAACUCGGAUCCUCCUGAUAAUAAUGACUCACCAUCGGCGCAAAGACCUCGGAAGUUCAUAAAAUUAUGGGGCGUUUUCAUUGGGCCGGAAGAACAUGAACCGGGCUCUUCUUCCACAGGCGAUAACAAUAGUAUCAUCAAUCGGUGGUCCCCAAAUUUGAGAUCCAGUCCAUCCUCGAUGUUAGCCUCAAGUAGACUCAUUAAUACAGCUAAUAAUGAAGAUGGGAUUUCGGUGAGCGAAGGGGCAAGUCAUCAGUUUGCAAUUCACAAUCCUCAUAAUUUUCCUAUCAAUAAUCAAGGCCUCGCGUCGACACAUUCGGGAAUAGUUACGAAUUCCGGUACUUGUCGUGGCGCUAGCAAAGAGCAAAUUCCUGGCUAUGAGGAAGACGAAUCGGGAGAAUUACUAGUGUUUGAUAGAACGGUUUUUGGCUAUUCGACACCAAGCAUCUUUCAAGCGUGUUUGAACAGAGAUAUCAAUAUUUUGAACCUCAUCUCCACAAUGUUUGGUAGACUAGCCGUCAAAAAACUAGAGAUGACAGAAGUUAUGUUUGCUAAAGACUAUCAUGGAAUUUUCAACUUCGAAAGUAGAGCAAAGCCAAAGGAAUUUGAUAGAGAGAUUGCUCAUGCUAGAAAUAGAGAUCUUGAGAAUCAUAGAAGAAAAAGCUUACAUCAUUCAUUCAGAACGCUCUUCGAAAACCAGGAGGUAUGGCUUACACAUUGGCGCAAGAUAACGGGCAUAGACUUCACACCUAUGGCUGAAGAGGCGGAAGCUUAUAAUGAAUCUCUCCACAUGCGGGAACUUCUCAUAACAUUGAAAGGAAAACAAUGA